UCUGACAAGCAUAACACUACAAUUCAAACUGUCCUCUUCCUAAUAAAUCACAGUGCCGGGCAUUGUUGUUGUGAGUGAUGCUUCCCCUGGUUAGCAACAAGUGGCGACUACUGUGAACGUUAGCUAGCUGACUCAACGAAAGCCAACUAAUUUACCGCAAAAACUGCAUAACACUGCAAAUACCCAGCGGAGACAGCGAAAAUAAAUGCUGCCAUUACAAUGCGUUACAAAAGAGCCGUUGGUUUGUCGAUUUGGAAGUGAUAGCUAACAGAAGAACAACCCCCAGCUACACCGUGCUAUGGCAACUUGAACUAGCCGCGUCUGAGCAGGAAAACAACGGACCACAGCGGCUCCAAAGGACGCCGGGAACUGUAUGCUGCCGACGGUAGAGCUGUGUGGGGAUGUUUAUUUGUGAACUACAUUGUCCGAAGCACCGUGUCGGAGGCUGACUCCUGCCCUGCUGUCUGCGAGUGCUCUGAGUGGAAGAGCCACACAAUCUCCUGCUUUGACAUUGAUAUUCUUCCCAGGUUUCCAGCAAGCACGGAGACACUUCAUACUAUAGGUCUAUUUAAGAUGUGAGGACAGAUGGAGAGAGAGACAGUGACAGAGAAGAGGCUACCCAGAACACAGAUGUCCAGUUCAGAGGAUUUCACCGAACACUGCAGGGAAACACCCCAAAUCCAAAGAUAUUCCAUUCACAGUAAAAUAGCCAACAGUAUAUAGUGGAGAAAAGCAGCAUGUUAUAUCCAAGGCCCUACAUCUUAUUUCACUCAUGUGCUAACUAAACGAUAAAUCCAAGAUAAAAAAUUAAAAACCUUGUCAAUGCCAUUAGCAUGUAGAAGAGGCUAUUUUGUUAUUGACUCCGUUAACAGUGGGCAAUUAAACCAACAGAAUUGUAAGAAAUGGAUGCAACCAACAGCUGAUCUGUGUGCAAUCGCUCAUCUUGUUAUCUGAGACCCCAAAGAAUCUGGCAAGAGUCCUGGGAGCCGACAUGAUGUAAUAUGUCAGGGUCACCUCUGAAAAAUGUAGUGGUGGCUUUUACACUUCCUAAAUUGCUUAAGUACAGGGUGAAAAUUAUGCAAUAGAAAGCAACCAGUUUACCAUGGCCUUGAGUGAUGGAAACACAUGCCCUUCAGAGGGACUCAGUGGCAUGUGUGGAAACAUAGACCUGGAAAAGCUAGAAAGGCAUAUUUCCAUUGAAAUCGCCAUAAUUGAAUUAUAAAUCAGAUGGUACUGUUAUAUUGUAUCAACUGAACUUUUGGUGACAUUAAAAUAUUAAACACCGUUUUCCUAUAUGAAUUGCCGUGAAAUGACAGCCAUGGCCCCUGAGCAUAAACCAUACUGAUGUUGUUCCCCUGGCUUUUCCUCUACUGCCACCAUGUGGUUGACAUGUUUUGGUUUUGAGUGAACUGUCCUGACAUCAUCAGUUCAAAAUUUCAGUUUGUCCAAAACGUUGGUUUAUUUCCAUCAGCCUCAGCUGCAUUAUGUGUUUAGGAGUUGUUAGCUAAUGUAAUGCAUGCUAACAUGCUAAACUAAGACGGUGAACAUGGUAAAUACUAUUGCCUGCCUGCCUAACAUCAGUGCUAAGGAGAAGGUUAUGCUCUAUGAUAAUCCUCAUUCCUCCUUUACAGUUUAGUGGAACAUCUAUCCAUCCCAAACACCACUUUGCAUCGCCUCCAACAGCACCCAUCACAUAAAAUUAUCUCCCGAUCACUGCCCCAAUUCACAUGUGCACGUGCCCCGAUGUCCCCGACUAAUUUCUCACAUUCCUGCCCUAAGUUUGCCCAGAGCUCUCCAGGAGGAUAGAAAGACAUAAAAGCAUGCCACUAAACACUGGACUGACACCCCUCCUGAUAAAAAUAUCUGGAAAAUAAGACAGAAAUAGACUUCGUAUUGAGCUGGAUGUUCUAGCAGAUGAGGCGUGAGGAAGUUGGAUUUCGUUGUACCCACAUUGAGGAAUGAAUGACCCUGAUGCCCUGGUCAGGCCAAUCCAGGCCUACUGAGCCACUUACUCAGCUUACAAAGAUGGCUUUUUGAGACCCGCCUUUCAUCCGUGCCAGCAGAUGCUUUUGCCAACAUGGUCAACAUCUCAAGGAUAUAUAUAUCGGUGGAUAUGACGCUGCAGAGGCUGGAGAAGCACUCGUUCUACAGCCUGAGGAAAAUCACCCACAUAGAGAUACGUAAUGCAAAAAGUCUGACCUACAUUGACCCAGAAGCGUUUAAAAAUCUCACAAACCUCAAAUACUUAGGAAUUUUCAACACUGGCCUAACAUACUUCCCUGACUUGAGAAACAUCCACUCUAAUGACAUGAACUUCAUACUGGAAAUUGUUGAUCAUCCUCACAUCACUGAGAUCCCGGCCAACUCUUUCCAUGGCAUCACCAGCGAUGUGCUGACAGUGAUGCUGUAUGGGAAUGGCUUCAGAGAAAUCCAACAUCACGCCUUUAAUGGGACCAAGCUAGAUCAGGUCGACCUUCACAGGAACAGGGAUCUUACCAAGAUGGAUGAAAGGGCUUUCGCGGGCACCAUCAGUGGCCCCAUGCUGCUAGACGUGUCUCUAACAGGGAUCAACUCCCUGCCGACCACAGGUAUGGGUUCUCUCCGGGAGUUGAAGGCGCGCAAUGCCUGGGCCCUCAAGAAACUGCCGGCCAUCAAAACCUUCAAACACCUCACCAUUGCCAACCUCACCUACCCCAGUCACUGCUGCGGCUUCAAAAACCUCAAGAAGAAACGAGGCUUUUUGGAGUACAUCAUCUGUAACCUGACUGCUUUCUACGACCAGCAUCACAAGCGUUCUGUGGGGCCCCUCCGCAUGCCGUCCCUCCAAGGGGAAAGUGUGGCGGAAACAAUCCCAGACGAGGAGCCAAACGAUGGCCACCGAGAGAGAGAGUCCCAGCAAGACUGGUGGAGAGGUGACUUCCAUGGCAGCCUGCACUACCACGCCUACUUCGGGGGCCAGCCAGAUGAGGAUGUGGGUUUCGGAGAGACCCUCAAGAACCCCCAGGAGGACACCAGCCAAGACUUUGACAGUCGUUACGAUUAUGUGGUGUGUGAGGAGGGAGAGGAGGUUGAGUGUGCACCAGUGCCUGAUGAGUUCAAUCCUUGUGAGGACAUAAUGGGUUUUGGCUUCCUGCGAGUGUCUGUGUGGUUUGUAAGUCUGCUGGCUGUUCUGGGAAACGUGAUGGUGCUCCUGGUGCUGCUCACCAGCCACUACAAGCUCUCGGUCUCCCGCUUCCUCAUGUGUCACCUGGCAUUUGCAGAUUUGUGCAUGGGAAUUUAUCUGCUGCUUAUCGCCUCUGUAGACCUGCACACACAAGCCGAGUACUUCAACCACGCCAUAGACUGGCAGACGGGCCCUGGCUGUGGACUUGCAGGGUUUUUUUCUGUCUUUGCAAGCGAGCUGUCUGUCUACACCUUGACGGUGAUCACUCUGGAGAGGUGGUACGCUAUCACCUUUGCUAUGCGGCUGGAUCGUAAGCUGCAUCUGCACCACGCGGCAGCCGUGAUGCUAGGUGGCUGGGUCUUCUGCCUGCUCCUGGCCCUGCUCCCACUGGUUGGGGUGAGCAGUUACCAGAAGGUCAGUAUCUGUCUACCAAUGGACACCCAGUCCACAGUGGCUCAGGUCUACAUCUUGUCAGUGCUGGUCCUUAACAUCCUGGCCUUUCUUGUUAUCUGUGCUUGCUACUUCAAGAUCUACUGCGCAGUGCACAACCCUCACUACCGCUCUGGAUCCAAGGAUACCAACAUCGCCAAGCGCAUGGCUGUCCUCAUCUUUACUGACUUCUUGUGUAUGGCGCCUAUCUCUUUCUACGCCAUGUCAGCUGUGCUGAACCGGCCACUCAUCACUGUCUCCAACUCCAAGAUUUUACUGGUGCUCUUCUACCCGCUCAAUUCCUGUGCCAACCCGUUUCUCUAUGCCAUCUUCACUAAGGCCUUCAGGGGUGACAUAUUCAUCCUCCUCAGUAAGGUGGGCCUAUGUCAGCAGCGAGCACAGCUGUUCAGAGGCCAGACGGUCUCAUCAAAGGGCAGCAGCGGUACAUCUCAGGUCCGUAGAGACAAGGAUAAGUUUAGAAAAGGUGGAAGCGGAGGCCAGGAAGAGGUGCCCAUCCAUCUGAAGAAGUGCUCUGGACAUACCUUUCACCAAGCAGUCUGCCAGCAGACAAGCCCUGAAGAGAGCCAGAGCCUGAACACGUGAGCCUAACACCCAGCUCGAGGUAGUAAAGCAAGACAGGUUCAGGUGGGAGAGGAAAGGCCUUGAAGUGUUUGUGGACAGUUCUGUUUGGAUAUUUAACAGAAAGCUUCAGUAUUCUGUAUCUGCUUCAAUUUUCAGGCCAAGUUCAGCUGUUUUCACAAUUUCGGCUGUGAUGAUUUUACGGUUCCAGUUGUUGGAGAAUAUCAAGUGUCACUGAAAUAUGAGCCCGACUUCAUCUCACUUAUAGUCCUUUGUAUUUGGAGGGACUAGCUAGAAUAAAAUGGAUAUUAUUUUAUAGUAGUAAGGAUUAAAAACUCAUAUAUAACUAUGAAUAAAAUGCAUUUUUUUCAAUAUCUUUAAUUAUAUAUUGAAUUUUAUUUCAAAUUAUAUCUAGCUAUUUUGGCAUUGAUAUACAAAGAAAUAUAACAGAAGUAAUUCAUUUUCCUGUGAAAAGAAGACCUUUCUGAAAUGCCCUGUUUAUACUCAGUUAUUGUGUUCAAGAACAGCCUGCUGGCUCAGUGCCGUUCACAGUGGAAACUUAUCCAGUUUACAAAAAUAUACAAACACUGCAUUUCUUAUUGUCUUAUCAAUACCUCUGUCUGUAGUAUAAAUACACAACAGUGUUUGGUGAUUUAUGGAUGAAAACUGGACACAUUGCUUGCGAUUUCUUUGGAAUUCUUUUGUCUGUUUAGCUGGAACUGAAAAGUAAAUAUGGACAGGUAUAGCAUAGGACAUUACUGUGAUACUGGAAAGCAGACAUGAGUGUUUGUACAGUUCAAAUUGUACUUGUAAGUGUCUAAUACACAAAAUUGAUGUAUCACUUCCUUAGAUUCAUAAAAAUAUUUAUAACGUU